UCCUUUCUUUUCGGUUUUUUAUUUGUUGUUUAUUUUUUAAAAUUUUUUAUAUUGAUUUUCUUUAUCUGUUUGGUUCUCGGGGAAAAAAAAUGAAGAUGAUCUUGUUUCUGAAGCAUUCCUUUUGUUCCCUUAUUAUUAAAUGGAGAUAAAUGUAUACUCUUUGAUCGCAAGUAUUUUGAGUUCCAUUUUUUUUUUCUAGCUAGUUAGUUUCCACUUCAUCUUUUAUUUGUUGGUAAAUUCGUGCAACUUUUGAGGCUUCUAUAUAUUUUUUUUUAUUCAUUUUACUUCCAUUGUUGCAGUGUGCACUGUAAUUUUCUCGCAGCUAGCUCUUCCUUAACCCUAAUUUAUUCCUAAAACCCUAAGCUUUAAUCAUAAACCCUAAAUCUACUUUUAUAUCCACUGUCUUAAUUUCAGGUAGGAAAGUUAACGUUUAUUUCAUCCUUAAGCCUAAUUCCAUCUUCUCCUCUUUGUACCCUAAAAUCGAAAGCCCUACCAACUGUUAUUUGAUUGUGGGUGGUUAUUUUAAAGGCUGUCCUACAUAGUCUACUAUGGCAGGCUUCUAUAAGCUAAUUCCAGAAGCUACUGAAGUUGGAUAAAAGUGAAUACUUCCGAUAUGUGUUACUACCAUUACCUUCCAGUCUUUCACUUCUGUAGCUGAUUGAUGUUCAAUCACAAGCUCAAGUUUUAGUCCUUAGUUCUUUAUUGCCUCCUCUAUAGGCUGAUACACCCUACAACUAAACUAAUGUGUAAUUGCUAUUAUACUACUGUUGGUAUUUCUUGGGUCUUAUUCGUGAUUUUAUUGAUUUAUCCAUUAGUCAUUGGGUUUGGUUAUUUGUGAAGGCCAUGUAGUGCUUCUGUAUUUGAAAGAUGAUUUUGGUUCCUAGAGUUAAAAAUAUCCUUUUUCAUGUCCUUCAGGAAUUUGUUUUGAUUAGCCAUUCAUUUUUAGCUCCCCUGUUUUUGAAGGUUUGGACUGAUUUUGCUUUGCUUUUCAAUGUGCUUUCAUGAUGGAAUGUUUAUGAGCCAAUCAAUCACCCACUCAAUUGCUUUUGAGGUUGUCAUGGAGAUUUGAUAUGUUUGUUUUGCUUUUGGUCUUCCUGUACUGUAAAAAGGUGAUUGGUGACUGUUGUUUUGCCAACAUAAAGUCUUGAAAGCUUCUCCAUAUUAUCAUGCAAAUUUGGAGUUGACAUUGUGGCCCAAGUGUAACAUCUAGUUUUUAUUUUUUAUUUUUUUAUCCCAAAGCAAUUAGCAGUAGAUAAGAAUUAGGGAUUUACUUAGACUGAACCAAUGACUGGAAUUAUUCCUGUGGACAAUUGUGCCAUGGGCUCCUACUUUUUUUGCUUGUCUUUCUUUUUUAUUUGUAUCUUCCUUCUUACUUUGAUUUAAAAAAAGAAGAAGAAAAAGUUCCCUUGUCCUGAUGUGUACUUUCCCAUUUAAAAAUAUUUAGCACAGAAUUUACAAAGGGAUCUUGAGUUCUUCUAUGAAUUUUAUUUAUUUAUUUUUUAAAUUUAUAUUUUAUCAUGGGAUUUUAUUUUUUUGAUAACCGAGGAACCUUCCAUGGCUAAGCCGUUAAGGCCUGACUCAAGUAGUAAAGGGAUGGGGAGGGUUUGUGGGAGGUUCCAGGUUCAAGUCCCAAUGGAGACAAAAAAUUUACCUAUCAAAAAAAGGAAAAAAAAAACCGCUAGGGUAGCCUAAUUGGUUGAGUCCUUAAAAAAUUAGUCUGCUGACCCUUUUUCAGUUAGAAAUGUGGCAGCAGAAUAAAAUAGGUAUCUAAGAUAUCCAUUGCUGCAAAGCAAUAUGUGCAAACCCUUCAGUGAAGAUGCUUGAUGGAAAAUGGACCUCCACGUUAUGCUUUGAACAGUAUCUCCAAUAGCCAACACCAUCUCAGGAUGAUGCACACAUGACAAGGAAGAACCAUAGUUCCUAAACCAUGCCUAAGCCUGAGGAUAGGUAAGGAGAAUUCUAGGUCUUUCAUGGAUGCAAUUGGGACUUGGUUUGGAUCUUAUGGUUGCAACAGUAUCAAAAUGGAGGAAAUAGGAAAGUGCCUAGUUUAAUGGUUUGUAAUGAUUUUAUAUUUCUGUCUCAUAUGUAAUUAGAAAAAUCCUACAAGAUACCAAAUCUCCCAUGUCUGAUAUGUAAUUAGAAAAAUCCUACAAGAUACUGAAUCUCCCAUGGCAAUCCAAGGUAUCCUGUACUGGACUCAUGGGAACAACUGUAAUAUCAUGUUAGGGAUAGAAUACAUUUUGACUAUCUGAACCUAUAAACAAAGUCCAUCUUCCUUAGUGAAAAGGAAGAUGAAUUCCUGUAGCUCUUUGAGGCUCACUCUUUCCUCCUCUUCCCCCACUGCACCUGAUUGCCAAAUCAGUUCUUCCUAAAAUCACCUGCAUCUACUGUUACCUGCUUUAUGCCAACUUAUUCCAUCCUUUCUAUAACCAGUGCCACAAUUCUUUUAUCUGAUCAGGCUCUUGGUUAGUAGCAAUCCACCAAACAUGAGCCAGUCUGCAUAAUUUUGGACAAGCCUUAUCAAGAUGGGUCCUUUAACCAGAGUAAUUUCUGUCAUGACCUUUUUACGCCUUGAAGAGCAAUUAAACCCCUAUAGCUUAGCAGCGUAGAAGAAUAAUCAAUCACAUAAAGUAGAAAGCUCAUAUAUGUUUUGCUUUCUAGUAAGCAUUUUAAUAAAAUUGCACUGGAUGGUUUAGUUAUAAAUACUUGUUGUGUGUACAUUGAUAUUCUUUGAUGACCAUCUCAGCGAGACCACUGUGGUGGAGCUCUACUUUCUUGUUUACUAAAUUCAGAGGCAUUAAUGGAUGAUGAUGAUGAUAACGACGAUGAGGAUUGGGAGGAUGAGUAUCUGGCUGACGAUGCUGAAGUCUAUGUUGGGGAUGGAGGUGAAGGUGGUGGAAUUUCGCUUGCAGGGACAUGGUGGGAUAAAGAAGCUUUAUUAAUGGCUGAAGAGGUUUCUAUGUCAUUUGAAGGCGACUUGAAAAUAUAUGCCUUUAAGACAUUGGCAAAUUCUACUAUUCAAGUGCGCAUUGAGAAGCUUUCAAAUAAGUCUGGAUCUCCAAGUAUGACUGAUAUAGAAGCUUUCUCAUCGAUCUACAGAGCAAAGUUGGACGAAGCUGAGAUUGCUGGAUCUGUACCUGAGAACCUAUCCCUGGAGGUGUCAUCUCCUGGUGUUGAACGGGUAGUUCAAAUUCCACAAGAGCUUGAUCGGUUUAAGGAGCGGCCUAUGUAUGUGAAAUAUGUUACUGAGGGAGUUGCUCCUGGUUCAACAAUAGAAAGUGAUGGCAUUUUCAGGCUUGUUUCUUUUGAUUUGGAAACAAAUUGUUGCACUUGGGGUUUAGCAGAUGUGAGGAUAAAUAGAGCGAAGGCAGGGAAAGGAAGGCCACUUAGCAAAAAGCAACGAGAAUGGCGGUUGAAUACACCCUUUGAUUCCUUAUGUUUAGUCCGGUUGUAUUCUGAAAUUUGAAUAUUUAGUUUCCCCCUUCCUUUCUAUCCUGCAUGUAUCUGUCCUGAAGGUAUUACUUACCCAGUUGAGUGGAUAGAAAUAUCAAUACAACAAAUCCAGUCAUCUUUCUUAA